AUGGGCUCAACCUCUAGCGCCACAGACCAGACUGUAGCUCAGAUCUUGACGGAACUUGCAGGUUGCAUGGUCGAUGAAGCCAAACAUCACGAAGAGGUAGAACAGGCGGCUGGUAGAACAUGCCAGAGUUCUCGAAAAGCCCAGACUACUGCCACCGACCAGAGUGUCACUGCUAGUGCACAGAUACCUUCUGUCACCGGACUGGCUGCAGACACCAAACGUGCAGCUACUGCCACCAUUCUGGCCACUUCUGACACCGAACUCUCAUCUGAUGAUGAAAUGUAUUAUCCGAUAUACGGCAUGUACUACAGCAGUAAGCAAGUGACUGUCACAGCUGACUAUGCAACUACAACGAGGACCUGGAGCGUGGAUCGUAUCAAUGAUCGCCGUGAUUCUCCUCGUGGUCCAGAGUAUCGUGUGCUGUGGGUCAACCGUCUGCUUGUGAAUCGACGCUACUAG